AUGUCUUUCAGCUUCAUCAGCCGCUUCUCACGGCACCAGGUGUCUCAGUUGUCUCAGGUCGUGGUGAUCCACAACAGUGAGCUAAUGUGCGGCAGCCUGGACAAGGGUACCUUGGGGUCCGGCUCCAAGAAGAACAUCUUCUACAUCCUGCUGAGAGACUGGGGACAGCUGGAGGCGGCGAACGCCAUGUCCCGCCUGGCCAGACUCACUCCGGCGUAUCUCUCCAACCGAGGCUUCUCUAUUGGUAUUGGUGAUGUGACACCUGGCCAGGGUCUGCUGAAGGCCAAACAGGACCUGCUGGAUGAUGGGUACAAGAAGUGUGAUGAAUACAUCCAGGCGCUAUCCACGGGCAAACUGCAGCAGCAGCCCGGCUGCACAGCAGAGGAGACUCUGGAGGCGAUCUAUGCGUGUCCAAAGGAGCCCGCGCUCAGUCAGAACGAGCUGGUCCUCACCGCUGACGCCAUCAUGAAGAGAACCGACUUCCUGUGCUGCAGAGACGUCUUCCUGGAGGAGAUAAGGAAAUUUGCUAAGAACAUCUCAGAACGGAUCAAAAAGACCAGAGACAAAUACGGCAUCAACGACAAUGGCACCAGCGAGCCAAAAGUGCUUUAUCAGCUGGACCGCAUAACCCCCACCCAGCUGGAGAAGUUCCUUGAAACCUGCAGGAACAAGUACAUGAGGUACAAGACUCCUGUUUUCUGUGGUUCAUUGAAAUAUGAAGUUAAUGGCAAACAUUUUCAGUCAGUUCUUCCUGGAACGCAUUCAAAGUGACGCUUUUACAGUGACUGAAAUAGACUACUAAGACUAAAACGCUGCUUAUUUUCUCACUGCGCACACCUUGCCAGUCACUGCAUAAAGUGUUCAAGAAUAAAGAUGUGGGUUUGAUUGAAGUU